AUCACGUGAGGCCCGGCUUUAUAGAGUUCCAGGGAAAUCACUGCCCUCGCACACUCACCUUGGCACACUCGCCCUCGCACGCUCGGGCCCGGGAGCGGCUCCGCGGUCCCGCUCCCCUUCCCGUCCACCCGAUCACCCCCACCAUGGCCCUCGGACCCCUCAAGUUCAAGGAUCUGGGCGAGGAGGAGGAGGAGGAGGAGAAGAACCUGGACAGCGUCAAGGCACUGACGGCCAAGCUGAAGCUGCAGACCCGGAGGCCGUCGUACCUGGAGUGGGCGGCCCGGGUGCAGAGCCGGGCUUGGCUGGAGGGAGGGUCCGGGCAGGGGUCCCCGGGGGAGAGGCAGGCCACGGCCUCGGGGGGCAUCUGUGGCUUCGACACCAUGGACGACGCCCUGCGAUGGCUCCGGAACGAGCUGCGGGAGAUGCAGACCCAGGACCAGCAGCUGGCCCAGCGGCUGAUGCGUCUUCGUGGCCAGAUCCACGGGCUGAAGGUAGAGCAGGUGUGCCGGCGUCACAAGGAGCUGCUGGACGAGGCCACGUUCGGGCUGGAGGGCUGCCAGGAGGAGGACUCGGACCUGCUCUGCACCAUCCCACCCCGGGCCGCCUUCCUCCUCUCCACCCCGCUCAAGCACAUCGGCCUCACCCGCAUGAACAUCAACUCCCGCCGCUUCUCCCUGUGUUGAGGGGGUGCCCCCGCGGGGGCACCAGGGGGUGGGAGGGAAGGGGAGCCCACCACCCUCCCCCAACUCCCAGGACCCUCCGC